AUGGCAGCUAACUAUGAAAACAAUCCGGCUAUUGCCAAUUUCGUCGAGUAUUUAAGAAUACCGAGUGUUCAACCAAAUAUUAAUUAUGAUGAUUGUAUAACAUUCCUAAGAAAACAAGCUAAUGGGCUCGCCCUUGCCGUCAAAGUAUAUGAACUAGUCCCACGCAAGCCUAUAGUAGUCAUUACUUGGCCUGGAAAAAAUCCAUCAUUGCCAUCCAUUUUGUUAAAUUCUCAUAUGGAUGUCGUGCCUGUCUUUGAAAACAGUUGGACGCACCCGCCUUUUAGUGGACAUAUUGAUAAAGAUGGAAAGAUUUUUGCGCGUGGUGCCCAAGACAUGAAAUGUGUUGGUAUCCAAUACCUAGAGGCCAUAAGGAAACUUCAACAGUCUGGGGUCCAAUUGAAGAGGACUUUGCAUGUUUGUUUCGUACCAGACGAAGAAAUUGGUGGUCACGAUGGCAUGGCAAAGUUUGUUCACACUAAAGAAUUUAAGGAUCUUAACGUAGGGUUUGCUUUGGAUGAAGGCAUGGCCAACCCAAAUGAAGAGUUUAUCCUGUUCAACGGUGAAAGGAGUAUUUGGCAAAUUCAUGUGCACUGUACAGGUCAGCCAGGUCACGGAUCUCUACUACUUCCAAAUAAUGCUGGAGAAAAGCUAAGAUACAUAAUCGAUAAGUUCAUGGAUAUGAGAACCGAGCAGAAAAAGAUAUUGGAGAGCAACCCGAAAUUGACUAUUGGUGACGUCACUACUAUUAAUUUAACCCAAAUAUACGGUGGAGUGCAAUCUAAUGUGGUUCCGGAAAAAUUGACAGCAGUAUUUGAUAUCCGUCUGGCUGUUACCGUCAACCAUGAGGAAUUUGAGAAAAUGAUCAACAAAUGGUGCAAUGAAGCUGGCGAAGGUAUUUCCAUAGAAUUCGAACAACGUAAUCCUUGCGUCGAGUGCACCAAACUAGACGCAACCAAUCCUUACUGGGUGGCUUUUAAGGCAGCUGCUGAUGAAUUGAAACUGAAGCUGGACUGCAGAAUUUUCCCGGGUGGCACCGACAGCAGAUACGUACGUGAUGUGGGCAUUCCAGCACUGGGCUUCUCUCCAAUGAAUAACACGCCGGUGCUACUCCACGAUCAUGACGAAUUUCUGAAAGCCGACAUAUUCUUGAAGGGCAUCGAUAUCUACGUUAAACUCAUUUCAUCUGUUGCUAACAUAAGUAAAGAUGAUGGUUUACCAGAACAAAUGUGCAGUAACUGUAUAUACAAACUGGGCAUUGCAUAUCAUUUCAAACAAACUUGUGAGAGUGCAGAUAUAAGGCUGCGACAAUAUCUAGGGUUGAGGAUUCCUAGCAAGUAUAAUGAUGCAAGUGUUGCUACAGAUCCAAUAGUGCCUACACACACUACAAUAAUAAGAAAGUGUAAAUGUAAAUUAAGUGAGCAAAAAAGAAAUACAAAUUAUAAAAGGAAAGCAGAGGCAGAGAAGUUAAAGCGGGGCCCUAAACCAAAGCCUAAACAAAUUCACGCGUGCUAUCAAUGUGACAAACAAUUUAGAUGUCAAGCACAACUAGAAAUGCAUGUGAGUAAGAGAUUCUCAGCUCAAGGAAAUCUUCAUGCACAUCUCAAAAUACAUACAGGACAGAGGGAUCAUGUGUGUAAUCUAUGCAACAAGUCAUUCAUAACUUCUAGUGAACUUACUCGACAUAUGAGCAAACACAGAGGCAUCAAAAACUUUAAGUGUGAUUUAUGUGGUGCAGCCUACAUUCACGCUAGAGAUCUAAAACUGCACAAGUUAAAAAAGCAUCAAAUAGUUCCUCAAAAUCCCAAAAUGCUAAAUGAUGGUUUUAACAACAGCAAUAAUAUAGACAUCAUAGGUAUAGACGUGGGCAAAGAUCCCCCUAUUUCCAUAAAAGAUGUAAACCAUCUCAUUCCUCAUCUAACUAACGAAAAACCAGAACCAAAUAUGCCAGCUAUACCUGAAAGUAAUCCAUCAUUGUUGUCGUAUGAACAUAAAAGCGUUAAAGAGAUUUUUCACCAAUAUCCUGGUAAAGUAUUUGAUGCUCAUAACUGUGCUGUAUGCGGAGAAGGAUUCGACUAUAUCACUGCCUUAGCACAACACUAUCUACAUAGGCAUAAAGACCAUGAUACUAUACAGAGUAAAAGUUAUGGGUUACCAUAA